AUGAAAACCUACUCAGACACUCGCCGACACGCCAGGCCUCACCCUUUCCAACCUGGCGACAUGGUGUUGUGUUCCCAACCCAGGCACAACAAACUUACUCCAACAUACAACCCCAAGCCUUACAAAGUAACCACUGUCAAAGGCACCAUGGUCACAGCUGAGCGGAGUGGACACUCGGUAACGAGAAACUCCUCCUUCUUUAAAAAGCUCAGUCCUACACUGCACGACACAGCAGCUGAAGAAGAGGACGAUGUCACCCCUGAUGUCACUACUGGCACUGCCCCUGUGUUAGCAAGCCUGCUGCACAUGUGUUCAUUGGAGAGGAUGUUACUCUCAGAUGCGACGCACAGGGAGGAGGAGACACUCAGCGGCUAUACAGCUGAAAACCCCAAAGCGACUGUGAGAGUGAAUCCUCAGAGCUCCGUCUACACUGGAGACACCAUCACUCUGAGCUGUGAGCUGCAGCAGGGGGCUGGAUGGAGGUUUCACUGGUACAAAUAUAAUCAGGAUUCGCAGUAUAUGAACACUGGAGCUACAGACACCAACACACUCAAUGUGACAGUUGAUACUGCAGGAGAAACCGGGUAUCGGUGUGGAGCACACAGGCGGAACGCAUGGGCAAACACAGACUACAACUACUACUACACAUACUACAGUGAUUUUGUCAGGAUUACAGUAAGAGUGAGACCAAAACCGGUGGCAUCCGUGAAUCCUGAUAAACAGGUGUUCAGUGGAGACGCCGUCACUCUGAGAUGUGACAUACAGGAUGAAAGUGUCUCUAGCUGGCAGUACAGCUGGUAUAAAGUUCCUUCACACAGUGGUGUCAGUAGUGAACAGGUGUACACAAUCAGUGGUGUUAAAGCGACCCACACAGGUAACUACACCUGUAGAGGAGCAGAGAGAGGAGGCUCACGCUCAUCACACUUCAGUGAUGCUGUUACACUGACUGUAUCCGAGAGACCACGGCCAGUACUGAGUGUAUCUCCACAGAGCUGGCUGACUGAAGGAGACUCCGUGACUCUAAGCUGUGAGGUUACAGGCUCCUCUACAGACUGGACAUUCAGCUGGUACACAACUGUUCCCUACAGAUCCGGAUUAACUCAAAUAACAAAUAGUCGUGGCUAUAACAUGUCUGUGGAGCUCCUCUCAGACAGCAGCAGAGGAUCUGGAGGCAAAUACACUCUCAGUCCUGCUGCUCUGAAUCACACAGGAGUUUAUAUGUGCAGAGGAGAGAGAGGAGAACCAGCCUCUCACACACAGUACAGCAAUCCACAGCCUCUAUGGAUCACUGGUGAAUCUCCUCCAGUCUCUCUGAUCAUCAAUCCCAACAGAACUCAACACUUUACUUCUGACUCUCUCUCACUGAGCUGUAACUCUACUGACCAGAGUCGUUCUACUGGAUGGACAGUGAGACGAUACACACACAGUGAGGGAGUGUUAGAUUGUUCUCCAUGUAAAAUCAGCUCCCUCUCCACAUCCUACACUGGAGUUUACUGGUGUCACUCUGAAUCUGGAGAAAACAGGAAUCCUGUUAACAUCACAGUGCAGGAUGGUGCUGUGAUCCUGGAGAGUCCUGUCCAUCCUGUGGCUGAGGGACAUCCUCUGACUCUACACUGUUUAUAUCGAAACCCAAAGCCCUCAAACCUCCGAGGUGAUUUCUAUAAAGAUGGAUCAGUCCUCCAGCCACAGACUACAGGAGAGAUGAUCAUCCAUAAGGUCUCAAAGUCACAUGAAGGUUUCUACCACUGUAAACACCCAGAGAGAGGAGAGUCACUGAAAAGCUGGGUCUCAGUCAGACUCCCAGGAUUUAGAUCCAGUGUUGGAACAGUAGGAGUGGCUGUGGGUUUGGGAUUUUUCUUCAUUGCGUUACUGAUCUUAAUGAUCCUACUGUGGUCCUACAAAAGAAAGAAAGAAAAGCAGCAGAAAACCAAUCAGACAUCAGAUCAGAAUCAGAGGCGGUCAGGAGCUGAAGAGACUCAGGCAGGAUAUACACCACUUCAGGCUGGAACUGAACACAUUUACGACACUGUGGCUCAGGCAGAUACGAGUGGAACAGGUGAAGCUGCAACUGAGAGCAGCAAAGCCACUUACGCAAAGGUCAUGAAGAAAAAGAAGGCAAACAGGAACAAUGGUGCUGAUGCUGAACAAGGUGCAGGUGAUGGUGAUGUGACUUAUGCUGAGAUUGAACUAAAACCAACAAAAAAAUCGAAGAAAGUAAAAGAGAAAGCCAGUCUGGGUGAUGAUACUGUAUACUCAGAGCUUCAACAGAACAUGAAGAAAGCCUCAGCUAGUCCUUAUGAGAAAAGAACAAAAGGAGCAGAGAGAGGAGGCUUAUGCUCCUCACAUUUCAGUGAUGCUGUUACACUGACUGUAUCCGAAAAACCCAAAGCGACUGUGAGAGUGAAUCCUCAGAGCUCCGUCUACACUGGAGACACCAUCACUCUGAGCUGUGAGCUGCAGCAGGGGGCUGGAUGGCAGUUUCUCUGGGACAAAUAUAAUCAGUAUUGGCAGUUUGUGAACACUGGAGCUACAAACACCAACACACUCAGAGUGACAGUUGAUACUGCAGGAGAAACCGGGUAUCGGUGUAUCGCACGCAGGCGGAACACAAACUACUACUACUACUACACAGACUACAGUAAUGAAGUCAGGAUUACAGUAAGAGUGAGACCAAAACCAGUGGCAUCCGUGAAUCCUGAUAAACAGGUGUUCAGUGGAGACGCCGUCACUCUGAGAUGUGACAUACAGGAUGAAAGUGUCUCUAGCUGGCAGUACAGCUGGUAUAAAGUUCCUUCACACAGUCGUGUCAGUAGUGAACAGGUGUACACAAUCAGUGGUGUUAAAGUGGCCCACACAGGUAACUACACCUGUAGAGGAGCAGAGAGAGGAGGCUCACGCUCAUCACACUUCAGUGAUGCUGUUACACUGGAAGAUGUGGAGAGACCACUGCCAGUACUGAGUGCAUCUCCACAGAGCUGGCUGACUGAAGGAGACUCAGUGACUCUAAGCUGUGAGGUUACAGGCUCCUCUACAGACUGGACAUUCAGCUGGUACACAACUGUUCCCUACAGAUCCGGAUUAACUCAAAUAACAAAUAGUCGUGGCUAUAACAUGUCUGUGGAGCUCCUCUCAGACAGCAGCAGAGGAUCUGGAGGCAAAUACACUCUCAGUCCUGCUGCUCUGAAACACACAGGAGUUUAUAUGUGCAGAGGAGAGAGAGGAGAACCAGCCUUUCACACACCGUACAGCAAUCCACAGCCUCUAUGGGUCACUGGUGAAUCUCCUCCAGUCUCUCUGAUCAUCAAUCCCAACAGAACUCAACACUUUACUUCUGACUCUCUCUCACUGAGCUGUAACUCUACUGACCAGAGUCGUUCUACUGGAUGGACAGUGAGACGAUACACACACAGUGAGGGAGUGUUAGAUUGUUCUCCAUGUAAAAUCAGCUCCCUCUCCACAUCCUACACUGGAGUUUACUGGUGUCACUCUGAAUCUGGAGAAAACAGGAAUCCUGUUAACAUCACAGUGCAGGAUGGUGCUGUGAUCCUGGAGAGUCCUGUCCAUCCUGUGACUGAGGGACAUCCUCUGACUCUACGCUGUUUAUAUCGAAACCCAAAGCCCUCAAACCUCCGAGCUGAUUUCUAUAAAGAUGAAUCAGUCCUCCAGACACAGACUACAGGAGAGAUGAUCAUCCAUAAUGUCUCAAAGUCAGAUGAAGGUUUCUACCACUGUAAACACCCAGAGAGAGGAGAGUCACUGAAAAGCUGGGUCUCAGUCAGACUGCUGGUCUCACUGAUACCAGUGGCCCAUGUUCAAGGGAGAGUUAAAGCUGUGGUGUCCAUUCAGCCUGAUGCACAUGUGUUCAUUGGAGAGGAUGUUACUCUCAGAUGUGACACACAGGGAGGAGGAGACACUCAGUGGCCAUAUGGACUCUACAAAGACGGAAUAUAUAUAACCUCAAAGGAGUUAAAUAUCAGGUCUGUUGGUGACUCUGUCGGUGGUUCCUACACCUGCAGAGGACAGGAUUCAGAGAUCAGUGAUGCUGUUACACUGACUGUAUCAGGUGAAUCUCCUCCAGUCUCUCUGAUCAUCAAUCCCAACAGAACUCAACACUUUACUUCUGACUCUCUCUCACUGAGCUGUAACUCUACUGACCAGAGUCGUUCUACUGGAUGGACAGUGAGACGAUACACACACAGUGAGGGAGUGUUAGAUUGUUCUCCAUGUAAAAUCAGCUCCCUCUCCACAUCCUACACUGGAGUUUACUGGUGUCACUCUGAAUCUGGAGAAAACAGGAAUCCUGUUAACAUCACAGUGCAGGAUGGUGCUGUGAUCCUGGAGAGUCCUGUCCAUCCUGUGACUGAGGGACAUCCUCUGACUCUACACUGUUUAUAUCGAAACCCAAAGCCCUCAAACCUCCGAGCUGAUUUCUAUAAAGAUGGAUCAGUCCUCCAGACACAGACUACAGGAGAGAUGAUCAUCCAUAAUGUCUCAAAGUCACAUGAAGGUUUCUACCACUGUAAACACCCAGAGAGAGGAGAUUCACUGAAAAGCUGGGUCUCCGUCAGACGUGAGAGACCCUCCUCAGUCCCAGGAUUUAGAUCCAGUGGUGGAACAGUAGGAGUGGCUGUGGGUUUGGGAUUUUUGUUCAUCGCGUUACUGAUCUUAAUGAUCCUGCUGUGGUCCUACAAAAGAAAGAAAGAAAAGCAGCAGAAAACCAAUCAGACAUCAGAUCAGAAUCAGAGGCGGUCAAGAGCUGAAGACUCUCAGGCAGGAUACACACCACUUCAGGCUGGAAAUGAACACAUUUAUGACACUGUGACUCAGGCAGAUACGAGUGGAACAGGUACAGUGGUGCUUGAAAGUUUCGAAGCCACUUACACAAAGGUCACAAAGAAAAAGAAGGCAAACAGGAACAAUGGUGCUGAUGCUGAACAAGGUGCAGGUGUUGGUGAUGUGACUUAUGCUGAGAUUGAACUAAAACAAACAAAAAAACUGAAGAAAGUAAAAGAGAAAGCCAGUCUGGGUGAUGAUACUGUAUACUCAGAGCUUCAACAGAACAUGAAGUGUAAUCUGACCACGAGAAACCACAGGAAGUGCUGAGACUUGAACACACACCACACCUCAUUCAGUCAGUCAUUAGAG